CUAAUGAUUUCCACAAUCAGUGACUGACUCAGCCUGAUGGAAUACCAGCCACCCAGCUCUCCAAAAAUAGAGCACUGCUUCAUCCUCCCAACAUAGCUGCUGCACCGUGAUAAAACCAGCUGCCACAAAGCCAGGGCAGUGAAAACGCAAAGCGACACAGAACACAGUGCAGAGCAGGGCUCCUUCACACACAGCAAGAGACCAGCAGAGAACUGAAGGGACAUUUACAAUCGUUCCUCUAGGACAAGAAGAAAUAACUGACGAAAAGAAGGGUUCACUUUUGAAACUGAGAAGAGCCCAUCGAUUUCAGAACCCAGAGCCACGAGCUGUACAGCAGACCAGGACCUCAACAGACCUGUGCCUUCUGUGAAAGAGCGAUCUGCUCGCUACCUGUCGAGAGCAGCAGCUGUGAGCCCCAGAGCCAGCCCUGUAAAGCCGGUUGUUUUAACACAGGAUAGAGCUCUUCUUUCCGAUAACACGUCUAAAGCAAGGAAGAUGGCAGAGAAAGCUAAACAAACACAGGUUUCAAAAACAACAAAUGUUCAUAAUCUGGAAGAAGAUUUGCCACCCCCUCCACCACCUGGACCCCAGGAGGAAGGACUGGCCCCAACUGAAGAGCAGAACCCAAGCUUCAUACCAGUACCCCCUCCCAAAGAAACCUUCUGCACUUUCUAUCAACAGCAACAGAAGAAUGAGCUGAAGAGGCUCUACAGGCACAUGCACCCAGAGCUGAGAAACAAACUAGAGGUGGUUGUGAGCAAGGAGCUGGAGGACAUGAUGAACUCAGACCAAAUCCAAGCCCUGGCAGCCGCUGAAGCUGGGCUUCAGGGGGAGGUUCAGUCCAUGCGUUGGAUAUUUGAGAACUGGAAGUUGGACUCCAUUGGAGAGCACCAUGCUACUAAAAAGAUGCUGGAGGACGAAACUGUCCCUGGUGGAAAUGUGAAGGGCACUUCUUCCCUAUUUGAACACCAGUCCGAACAAAGCACCCUACUCUCCACCUCUAAAACAGCAUGCGAGAACGAUCAAAUAAAAGGAGACGUUCACACGGCUACAUGGCUGUUCGAGACACAGCCGCUGGACUGCUUAAACAAACUGUACCCAGAGGAAGGGGAAAUGGUGGAAGCAGUGCUUAAAGAGCCCAUGCAAAAAGGAGAUGUGAAAGGCGCACGGCUUCUGUUUGAGUCCUGUCCUUUAGAUGCACUGGGGCGCUGCAACUCUGUGGAAGAUCAAAGCAUCCUGAAGCUGAGAUCUGAAAUACAGGAACAGAAAGGGGAUCUUCAAAAAACUGUGAAACUCUUCCAAACAGAGCCUUGCUGUGCCAUUAAGGAUGGCACUGGGAACAUUUAUGAAAUCACGUCCAUAUGCAGAGAGGAAAUUCAGAGUGACAGCGUCAAAACAGCACGCUGGCUGUUUGAGACUCAGCCCUUGGAUUUAAUAAACAGAGACAGAUCAGAGGUCAGGAUCAUUAGGGGAAUCUCCUUGGAAGAGGCACAAAAGGGAGGGGUUGAUAAGAAAAGAUGGAUGUUUGAGACUCAGUCUUUGGACACUAUCCAUGAAAGCAUCCAAGAGGAAAAGUUCCAAGCAAGCACAGAGGUAGUGGAAAGGGUUGAUGUUGAUAACAAACGCAUUCUCUUCGAGACCCAGCCACUGGCUGCACUUAAAGGGGAAUGUUCAAAGGAUACUUUGUCCAAUGAAGAGAUAGUUGGAGGGGAUGUGAGAUCAACUAUGUGGUUGUUUGAAACACAGCCCAUGGAAAACCUUAAGGACAGCUUUGAAGUGGGACAUUUAAAGAAAGUGACUGUUACCGAGGAUGAAAGGGGAACAGUGAAGGAAAGAAAAGAAGUGUUUGAGACAUGCACUCUGGAUAAUAUUUGCAAAGAGGCUUCUCAUGAAGAGAGCAGUUCCAAAGGCCAAGAGAUAGAAAAGGGUGAUGUUAAAUCUUAUAAGCACCUUUUUGAAACGAUUCCUCUAGGCAGUAUUUCUCAUUCUGAGAGUGAAUCUAUUGCCAAGCAGGAAGAAUUGAGGACUGGAAAUGUCAAGGGCAACAGAGCUUUGUUUGAGACCAACCCUUUGUAUGCAAUUAUGGACAGCACUGGAAAUUACCAUGAAGUGACCACAGUAAGCCGGGAGCAGGUUAUCAGUGGAAAUGUACAAAACUACAAGUGGAUGUUUGAGACAAGGUACCUGGACCAGUUUGAGGAAGGAGCAGGGAAAGUUGAGAUCAUCAAAGGCAUCACCAGACAAGAAGUGCAAGCUGGGGAUGUCAAGACAGCCAAAUGGCUUUUUGAGACUCAGCCACUUGACAGUAUCCAUAACCAAAUCAAUCCAACGGAGGAACAGUCAUCUGUCAAAAAGGAGAUUUCAGAAAAGGGGAAUGUCAGGACCUGCAGGUGGCUGUUUGAAACACAGCCCAUGGAUAUUUUAUAUGAGAAAUCUGAGAUGAAACAAGAAGAAGAAACCAUACCGAAAGCUGAUGUGAAAUCUCACACUUGGCUCUUUGAGACCCAACCUUUGGACUCCAUAAAAGAAACGUCCGAGCAGUAUUUGAAGGUAUGCAAUGUAUAUCAAGAUGAUGUAAAUGCAGUCGACGUGAAAACAGUGAAGCAUCUUUUUGAAACAGAAUCUCUAGACAGUCUCGCUGAGCAAGGUGUUAGAUAUGUUAGCAAAGUGGAUGUCCAAUCAGGAGAUGUAUCGCGAGUAAAAGAAAUCUUUGAAACAAAGCCUCUUGACACAAUAGGUACAGCCUCUGUAAAAAUCACAGAAGCUGAAGACAAAGAUGAAAGCAUCCAAUCUGGAUCGGUUCACAAGUUUACCUGGCUUUUUGAAAACUGUCCCAUCGAUACCAUUAAAGAAGUUGAAGAGACCAGUGAAAACGAGCACAUCUUAAGCGAUGUUAAAGGUGGAGAUGUUGGCAAUAAAAAGUUUAUUUUCGAAACCUUUUCCUUGGACCAAAUUCACAAUGAGGACAAGGUGAUGGAAAGCAAGUCAGUUCCCACUGAGGAGCUGCUGAGAAAGGGAGACGUGAAGUCCUGUACAAUGCUCUUUGAAACCCAGCCGCUGUACGCAAUCAGAGAUAAAGAAGGACAGUUUCAUGAAGUCACCACAGUAAAGAAGGAGGAGGUCAUGAGUGGGGAUGUAAGGGGUGCCAGGUGGAUGUUUGAAACAAAGCCGUUAGACACCAUUAAGCAGCAGGAUGAGAUUUUCGUGAUCCGUGCUGUCACACAGGAGGACAUUCAGAAGGGUGAUGUUAAAACAGCUCGAUGGAGGUUUGAGACACAGCCACUGGACUCCCUCACGACUGGAGAAAAGCCUCCAGUAAAGACCGUUGAAGAUGUCCAAGAGGGGGGCGUGCAGUUAAACAAACAACUCUUUGAAUCGCAAGAUGUCAACCAAAAGAAGUAUGUGCGAAUGGUGAGCGUUAGUGAUGUUCAACAAGGUGAUGUCAGGACCUCCACCUGGCUGUUUGAGAAUCAUCCCAUCGACACCCUGAAAGGUGAAUUCCAGGAAAGUGCGUCUGUGCAAACCGUGCACAGAGAAGACAAUCAGAAAGGAGAUGUAAAGAGGUCUACGUGGUUGUUUGAAACGCAGCCAUUAGAUUCUCUCAAAGAGUCUGAACCCAGUGUCAAGGUUCAGGAAGAAAUGCCCCGCGCAGAUGUGAAAAGUACAACCUGGCUAUUUGAGUCGACACCCCUUGAUAAACUUAGUUCAGAAAACACUACUGAAGCUGUGGAAAUGGUGGUGAAGAGCGUGAGAAAGACUUUACAUCGUCUCUACAACUUCAACGCAAUACGGUCCCAUGGUAUUGUUAUUGAAGCCAACACAUGUCGGAAUGUAAAAAUGGCAAAGUAUCAGCUAAUUGAGAGCCAGGGCCCAGUGAUUCAGAAGGAAGAGGUUGUUGAAGGGGACAUUAAAGGAAUAAUGCUGCAGUUGCUGCACAGAACAAAUGUAGAGCCCCAGGGAAUUCUUGUUAAAGAGGAUGAGCAGGGAAAUGUGCAAGUAACAAAACUAGAGCUAUCUGUGAGCCAGCAACAGUCCAGUGCAAGAACUGAAGGGGCGCUGAUAAAGGCAAAUGUAGCUCAAGCUAUUGACAAUCUUCUCAGCCAAGAUACAUCUGUGACAAAAGGAAUCCUAAUCCAAGAAACUGAAAGGGGUCAUGCUGAAAUGACCAUUUAUUCCCUCUUCAGUCACCAGGAAAGCAGGGCAGAAAGCCAAGAGAUUGUCAAAGGUGAUGUGAAAUCCACCAUUGGCAGUCUUCUGGCUACAACACAAGAGCACAAGACUGCUGCCUCAGUCAGACUGGGUCAAAGUGAGAAAGGAAACGUUCACUUAUAUAGGAGCUGUAUUGAGAAGGGAGACCUUAACUAUCUGAAGAACCUUCAGGAGGAAACCUGUGAGGAUGAUACUGAUUCUCCUCCCAAGGAACAGAUUGAAAUUGUCCAAGGGGAUGUGGAGGGAGCUAAAAGGCAUCUCAAUCAACAUAAAGAGCAGGUAGAGAAAUUAGUCAAGGACAUCGUGCCCGGGAACAUUAAAUCCACAAAGCAAGUGUUCUUGUCCGAAAAUGUGUCAGAGCAAAGCAGUGUUCAGAAAGAAGAAAUCUUAGGUGGCGACAUCACUGCUGCUAAGCAAUCACUGGGACAGGCAAUGAGUCAGCCAAUUGUUGUAGAAAAAGAGGAGAUUGUUUCUGGGGAUAUUAAGGCAACACUGCAGUCCCUGGAGCGUGCAAAGAUUCAGAGCAUGCAGCUGGAACGUGAAAUCAUUGUUCCUGGAACAAUAUAUGAUAUAACAGUCCCACUGGAGGAAACAGGUUCCACUACAAAUGGGAAUGAAAAGGCAGAACAAGAGAUUGCCGUAAGAGGAGAUGUAAAGGCUGCUAUUAAAUCUCUGCAGAAUGCUGCAGCAGGGCAGAGACCAGUAGAUAAGGAAGAUAUUGUUCGAGGUGAUUUGCACGCAACUUUUCAGUCUUUGGAGAAAUCAAGCAUUAAUGUUUCUAAAGGAGACUAUAAAGCAGCUAUGAUAUACAAAAAUGCAAGACAGUCUUAUUCAGUUAGCACAAAGAAAAACAACACUGAAUCUGUUGUAGUUUCAGUACCUCCAUCUGACACUGAGCUUCCUCCUCCAGUUGCUGUGACUGACAGGGAACGGCAGCCUUCCACAACACUGAGAGAUGCAACUGUAACCCACACCUGUAAGGAAAGCAAAACUAACGACUCUACCGAUUCUUCCACAACACUGAGAGAUGCAACUGUAACCCACACCUGUAAGGAAAGCAAAACUAACGACUCUACCGAUUCUUCCACAACACUGAGAGAUGCAACUGUAACCCACACCUGUAAGGAAAGCAAAACUAACGACUCUACCGAUUCUUCCACAACACUGAGAGAUGCAACUGUAACCCACACCUGUAAGGAAAGCAAAACUAACGACUCUACCGAUUCUUCCACAACACUGAGAGAUGCAACUGUAACCCACACCUGUAAGGAAAAUAAAACCAACGACUCUACCGAUUCUUCCACAACACUGAGUGAUGCAACUGUAACCCACACCUGUAAGGAAAACAAAACCAACGACUCUACCGAUACUUCCACAAUGGUGAAACAAAGAGUUUCUCAGACCCCUCCUCCUCUCCCUCACAAGACUUGUGAAAAAGCACCAUCCUCUAAGCCAGCUGUUCCCCCAAAACCAGAACACUUGGCUGCAGGCUCCUCUGCUGCACAAGCAAAGAGACCUAUUCCUCCACCAAAGCACCUUAGACAAGAGCAGCUAGCUCCAACAAUUCCUCCAAAAGCCCAACAACAGCUGCCAGCAAAGUCCACUCCACCUCCUUUACCUCCUAAGCCUCCGUGCUAUCAGGAGACCACAAUGACCAAAUCUGUAGAGACAUCUGAAGAGGAGUCUUUGCGUGCAAAGGUCUCACGGAACUCCAAACACAUGGAGAUGCACUGUGAGGCAUCCGGGGUUCAGUGUGUCAUUGGAAGUGCAGCUGUUAGUACCAAAAAAGUCAUUAAAACCCCACUUCAGCUAGCAGAGGAGAAGUAUAAGCAUAGGAAGGAAGACCAAAGCAAAGACAAUACUUCUAAUGAAGAGCUGACACAGAAGGGGUCAAAGCCUUCAACUGUAAACCCUGAGUCUCGUGGUAAAGUAACUGAGAAGAUUGAGCAUGUGCCCCACAAAACCCAAGCCACUGAAGAAUUGCAAGGAUUUAUGCCGUCUUAUUCUGAUGAUAGCACAAUCGCAAAUGAAAUGCAUCCAAGUUUUCAAACUGCUCUUCAGAGCUUUGAUGGAAGGAAGACUGGCUUUGUGCAUGUAAGACCACCCUCUGAAACAAAUAAAGGUGUCUUUGUGACUGCUCCUGCAUUGCGAAAGAAAGUAAAUAUCUCCCAAGCAAAUGCAACUAACAGAAUUUGUAAGUCAGAGGAAAAAAGAUGCACAGAACAAGAGGAGUCUAGUACACAGCACAAGUAUAAACAGGCUCGACAGCAUACUGCUGAAGCUACCAGCUCUGAGCAAGACACCAAGCUUCAGUCUGAAAUCCAUACACCAUCAGUGCAGAUGAGCGUCAAUUGCCAGCCUGAAGAACAGAUUGAGCAACAAGAAAACAAGGUUGUUUUAAGAAAGAAGAAAACUGGAAGAGAGACUGAAGAUGAGCGACGCCAAAGGCUAUCAUUCCACAGGGAUGAAAUAAUAAGAGGAAACGUCAGCGCAGCAAUGGAUAUUUUUGAAAACUUGAGGAAACGGGAGGAACUUCAGAUAAUUCUGUCAAAAGUUGAGGAAUUUGAAGGGGAGACUUUUAAGGUUGAUGUGAGAUCACUGAAGAACUUCUUUGAGAACGUACCUGAAUGGAUUGUGGUUCCCAGCGACAAGGUCAGGCAGAUUAAACCAAAAGUGCAAAAGAAAGUUGAAAGGAUUGAGCCAAAGAAAGAUGAUACAGAAAGCACUUCUUCUGUGGAGCUUGUAUUUGAGGAUCUUGAAAGAGCAAGUGCGGAAAUAAUUCACCUGAAGGAACAGACAUUAGCAAGACUUAUGGACAUAGAGGAAUCCAUUAGGAAGGCUUUAUUUUCCGUCUCUAAUUUGAAAUCGGAGUCUGACAUUGCUGGGCUCUCGGGUCUAUUCAAAGAGUCUUUGGGAAGCGAGCAAUGCUCAUCCUCCUCCACUAAUAUUAGGAAGAUUAGUAUCAGCACCAGCAAAGCCAAAAUGGAAAAUACAAAUCAGGUCUCAGGAAGACAUAGGGAAGAAGAUGUUGUGUUACGGGAGAAGUCAGACCAGGUGCAAAAGCCAACACUAGAAAUCCCAACCAGUAAACCCCGAGCCAGUUCUCCAUCAUCACCUUCUUAUAUCUCAAUUCAAUCAGCCGCUAGAAAAACGAAGGUGGCCCCGCCUGAAAAACAAGGUGCGGCUGGCUUACCACAAAAUAAGUCUUCAAAUACAAGGCCUGAGGGGAGUGAACCUAGAAAUGGUGACAUCAGGAGACACGCAGAUCCUUUACAGCAGGCAACCCUGAACAAUGUAUGCAGCCCACUGAACGCAAGGAGACAGAAAAGCGUGCUUGAGUUGAAAACAGUUCCUGAAGCCGCAGGAAGAGUUGGCACAAAGACCGUCACCGAAAAAUACGAAGAAACGGAUUGUUUUGGGAACAAGAUCAUUACAUCCACGACCUCCACGACUGUCACCAAGCAGUCAGAAACGAACACCUCCUCCACAUACGAGGUGGUUGCCAACCCAGCUGUGUAUGAAGUCAUUGCAUCCCCUCUUGUGAAAAGACCCCUUCGCCACUCAGCAGAAAACAGAGUCAAUGAAGGCGGUGUGGUGUGUGUUAAGUUUGCUACACCAAAAGCAGGCAAGAAUCUGCAUUAAUAAUACUUUAGCGCAUAGGCUGCUAGAAGAUUCCUUUGAAUAUGUAUGUAAUCAUCUGCAGAUUCAUGUGUUUUAAAAUAUAUAUCAUACUGUAAAUGUUUCAGUAUCACUGCUAGACAUGUUUCAUAUUCUUACUUUAAUUUAAGAUGUUCUGUAAACUUUUAUUUAUAGACUUACAUGACGAUUUUCAUUAUGUUACGGACAGCUUUUCCUGUUUUUUUUGUAUUGUUACAAACAUAUUAUUAAAUCUUUAAAAAUA